UCUAGUUCAACAGCUGUUCAAAUCGAGGAAAUCGUAAUUGCUCCUUGCAUUUUUUUAUUUUUGUGGGCAACUCCUGCAUUGGAGUCGGCGGUUGCGUAAUAACGCGCCUCUACCUGGUUUCUGGCUGCCACUUGGAGUUGCAGCAUGGCGUUGGCGCUGCGCGUGGCCCGUUUCGCCACGAUUCCGGCCAACUGUUGGCCCCGCGAUCGCCGGCGACUGUUACACCUGUGCGGCAGCGCCAGUGAUAAGAGGCCAACAGCGCUCUGCAGCAGGAACUACGCAACGAAACCCGAGGCUGCGGCACCACCGCAAAUCAAGCGAAAUGUGGCCGCCGAGAUAACCAGCGUGGGCAAGGUCAUCUACGAAACGGGCUGGGAUGCUAACAAGCCCAUGGAGAAGCCAAAGGCGCAGUCCAGCCAAUCGUCGUGCCCGCCGCCGCCCAAGAAACCCGACGACGAGAAGCGCAAGGAGCUGGACACUGUGAAAUCGAAGCGGGAUCAGAUGAGAGACAACAUGCAGGACUACAUAUUCACGCGGUACUUCAACUAUGUGAAGAACUACGACAAAGUGCUCGAAAAGAACUUUCCCAAGGCCAUGCAGCUGUACAGGGUGUUCUUCGAUGGCGUCAAGGACUUCUUUGGCGACAUGAAGCGUUUCCUGAAGAUCGCCCGCAUUGCCAAUGAUUCGCCACAAGGCAUCAGAGCACUGAAUCGCCAGGAGCUGGAGCUGUACAUGCAGAUGCCGCGGGACAUGAUGAAGGUGGCACCGGCUCUGAUUGGCUGCUCCCUGCCCAUGGUGGGCUAUGCGUUCUUUCCCCUCGUCUUUUAUUACCCCCGCUCCUUUCUCACUGCCCAUUUCUGGACCCCGCAGCAGCGCUCCGAGUUCCAGAGUUACUACAUGAAGCGCCGAUUGGGCAACAACAAGGAUGUCUUUCGCUGCCUGCAGGCCAAGCUCAAAGCGACGGCAUCGCAUCCCAAGCACUCGGCCUUCGCUGAAAUCCUGGGGCAGCUGGGCAGCGGCACACAUCCCACGCCUGAGAUGCUCAUCGAUGUUAAGGACAUAUUUGCCGAUGGACCCUACUCCUUGCUGGGAAUGUCGCGGAAGCACGUUAGAAACCUAGUCAACCUUCAUGGACUGCCCAGCAGCAUCUUCAAGCGACAUCGCCUUCACGAGCACGCCUUCCUGGUGCACUACAUGGACCAGGCCAUAACCCGCGAGGGUGGAGUUCACAACCUGACACCGGAUGCUCUGCGCUACUCCUGCUAUCUGCGCGGAUUGAAUCCGGACAGCCUAAGCAGCGAGGCUAUGAUCGAGUGGCUGCGGAAGUGGGUCAAGGUGUCCACGUCGAUACAAGGCGAACAUAUCACUCUGUUCCUGCACUUGCCCAUCCUGCUGGGCUACAACCAUCCCAACAACUGGAAGACCAUCUACGGCAAGUGCCCCACUUGAGCGGGGUCCUGGUCGUUAGCUAUUCGGUAGACUGUGCUUUAAAGAUUGGACUGUUAAGAUCAUUUUGUUUCUUGAGAGCAAAUAAAAACGUUAAACCACAAA